UACUACAGUGUUAUCUUAAAUGUAUCUAAGAAUUUUCCAAUAUUUAAAAAUUAAAUAGAUGCAUACACGUACCUUUAACACAUACGGUAGAAGAAAUAUUUAGCUAUAAUAAAGUUGAUCUCGUUUUUCUCAGCAAUCAUCAGAAGGCAGUUAUGGACUAUGGAUUGCUGUUGCUUUAUUUUCUUUUGACACUUCUUUCCAAUCUCUGUUUUGCUGACCCUCCUUAUACACGUUGCUCUAACACCACCAGUAAUUACACAGACAAUAGUCUGUUUCAGAAUAACCUCCAAAAUCUACUCGCCACAUUCCCUUUCAAUGCUUCUACUCUCAAGUUCCACACAUCCAUAAUGGGAGAAAAAGAUGCAGACAAAGUCUAUGGUGUUUACAUGUGCCUGAACUAUGUCAAUGACCAACUCUGUCACGAUUGCAUAGCCACAGCAGCACAAGAUGUUCUUACCCUCUGUCACCACAACUCAAAAGAAGCCGUGGUGUGGGAGGAGUUAUGCCAGUUGCGCUACUCCAACGACAACUUCUUCGGAAAAUUGAGUGACGACACUGGUAACAUUCCACUACGUAACUUGCAAAAUAUUUCACAGCCAGAAGAGUUUAAAUCGUUUAUGACUAAAACGUUGCUUAAUCUGACUCAGACGGCUGCUUAUAAUCACGAUUCAUUUUCGUAUGCAACUGGAGAAGUUUCCUAUAUGGAUAAGACUGUAUACGCAUUAGUGCAAUGCUCUAGAGACUUGUCCCCAGAUGACUGUAAGGAUUGCCUUGGAAGUGCCACAGAAGAGAUUUUGGAUGUUUAUUAUUACUCAAUUGGAGCUAGACUUCUUAGUCGAAGCUGCUACUUGAGAUAUGAGUUAUACGCGUUUUAUAUGGGUGAAUCAAGUGCUUCUAUGGCUAAUGAUAAGAAUAAGGAAGAUAUUGGAAGAAAAAGAUGGAAACUUGCACUGGUAGCUGUUGCUAUAUCAUGUUUUGUGAUAGUUGUUCUUGGUUCAUAUGCCUGCUGUUAUGCACUUAACAGAAGACAUAAAAAGAGGAAUAAUGAAAAUCCUCGACAAAUUUCUAGUAAGAACAUCCAUGGAGAUGAUCAGGAGUUUCCAUAUAUUGGUUUGGCAUCUAUACUUGCUGCAACUAACAACUUUUCUGAUUCAAACAAGUUAGGAGAAGGUGGUUUUGGCCCUGUUUACCAGGGGGUACUAAGAGAUGGAAAGAAAGUGGCAGUGAAGAGGCUCUCUAUAUUAUCUGAGCAAGGUUCAGAAGAGUUCACUAAUGAAGUUCUACUAAUAAUGAAACUUCAACAUAAAAAUCUUGUCAAGCUUUUGGGUUUCUGUGUAGAUGGAGAGGAAAAGCUGCUUGUGUAUGAAUACUUGCCAAACAAAAGCUUAGACACCAUUCUAUUAGAUUCAAGAAAACGUGCACACCUAGAUUGGAGCACACGGAUUAAGAUUAUAAACGGAAUAGCAAGAGGAAUUCUCUAUCUUCACGAGGACUCUAGGCUUCGAAUCAUCCACAGAGACCUGAAAGCCAGUAACAUAUUACUUGAUUUAAAUAUGAAUCCCAAGAUUUCCGACUUUGGAAUGGCGAGGAUUUUUGCAGGAACUGAAAGUCAAGCUAAUACUGCCACAAUAGUUGGGACUUAUGGAUAUAUGGCACCAGAAUAUGCCAUGGAGGGGUUAUACUCUAUCAAGUCUGACGUUUUCAGCUUUGGAGUGUUGUUGAUUGAAAUCAUCACCGGGAAAAGGAACGCAUGCUUUUAUCUUACGAAACUCGCUCCUUGCCUUCUUUCAUACACGUGGCAGCUAUGUCAAGGAGGACAAGCGUUGGAGCUGGUGGAUCCAUUGGUGAUUGAUUCAUGUGACCAAGAUGAAUUCGUGAGAUAUCUCCAAAUAGGAUUGAUGUGCGUUCAGAAAGAUGCACAUGAGAGGCCAACUAUGUCCUCUGUUGUCGUAAUGUUGAACGGGGAAUCCACAGCUCUUUGCCAACCAAAACCACCUGCCUUCCCCAUGGGGAGAUUCAUAGUUGACUCUUGCUCCAUUAAUAGUGUCACCGUUUCAAGUGUCAUGCCCCGGUACAUUGAGCAAAUGAUAUCCACUAUUAUACUAGUUUUAAUUAUCUCUACAUUUUCUAAUGCACACCCUCUUUACACCUUUUGUUCACCCGACCAAGGAAACUACACUCCCAACAGCCAAUUCGAAACCAACCUUAAGACUCUUCUUGAUCACUUAUCUUCAAACACAACCCUUAAUGGAUCUCUCCCAGGCUACUUCUAUACAUCUAUUGGAAAUAAUAGCUCUGAUAAAGUUUACGGACAAUCCCUUUGUAGAGGAGAUGUUAACUCCACCGUCUGUGGAAAAUGCGUGGAGGAUGCAAGCCAAGACAUUUUCAGAAACUGCAAGAGUAUAGAUGCAAUUAUAUGGUAUGAACUUUGUCAAGUUCGCUACUCUUUCCAGAUGUUCUUUUCUACUAUGCAAGUCUAUACAGGGAAGUUCCCCAAGAGCAAUGAGCAGGACAAGAACGUUUCGGUGGACCGGACUCGUUUUAGUAAAGUUAUGAUGCAUAUGAUGAAGAAUCUCUCAGAUGAGGUUGCGUUUACUCCUUCUAAGAACAUGUUUGCUACUGGGAAAAUUGAAUUUUCAAGAGAGGAAACUGUUUAUGGUAUGCUACAGUGUACUUUGGACAUGCCUCCAAGAUCAUGUAGUAGCUGUUUGGCUGCUGCCUUGGGAGACCUUAACGCUUGCUGUUCAUUUCGCCGAGGUGGAAUUGUUUUGAGUAGGAACUGUUAUGUAAGGUUUGGGAUGGACCAUUUCUACAAUGACACCUUGAGCCCUUUGUUAAUUUAUCCAUCUUCAACAGGGAAUAGAUGGAAGAUUUGGAAGAUUGUGCUGGUUACCUGCUCAUUGAGUUUGCUACUUGCCGUUGUCAGUGGAUACUGGGCUGUUUAUUUUCGGCUAAGAAAAGGAAGAGAAAGAGAUGACAGAAGCGAACGUGCUCUGUUACAAGACCUAACUAUGCCCAGAACGGUCACUAUUACUGAAGAAGGUAACCUUGUCACUUCUGAAGAACUGCCUUUCUUUGAUUUAGCUACUAUAAGGGUAGCUACGGACGACUUUGCUGAUUCCAAUAAGCUUGGACAAGGUGGUUUUGGCACUGUUUACAAGGGAGGAUUGCCAAAUGGGAAAGAAGUAGCAGUGAAAAGACUUUCAAGGAAAUCGUGGCAGGGCUUAGAAGAGUUUAAAAAUAAGGUUAUGCUUAUAGCCAAACUUCAACACCGGAACCUAGUGAGACUAGUAGGAUGGGGAAUAGAGGAAGAUGAGAAGUUGCUUUUAUACGAGUUUAUGCCUAACAGAAGCCUUGACUUUUUCAUCUUUGAUUUGGAAAGACGAUCCCUGCUCAAUUGGGAGACUUACUACAAUAUCAUAAGUGGAAUUGCAAAGGGACUUCUUUAUCUUCAUGAAGAUUCCAGGCAUAAAGUUAUUCACAGGGAUCUCAAGCCCAGCAAUGUACUUUUGGACCAAGACAUGGUUGCCAAAAUAUCAGACUUUGGAAUGACAAGGAUAUUUUACGAAAAUCAAAACACAGCUAACACAAAAAGAGUUGCUGGAACAUAUGGGUACAUGGCUCCAGAGUAUGCAAUGGGAGGAAUGUUCUCUGUAAAAACUGAUGUUUUUAGCUUUGGUGUAAUCCUGCUUGAGAUAAUCAGCGGGAAAAAGAAUAGCGGAUACCUAACAGAACAUGCUCAAACAAUCCUUUCAUAUGCAUGGAGAUUAUGGGAGGAAGGAAAAGAACUGGAGUUUGUGGAUCCUUUGGUGAUAGAAUCAAGCACAAAACAAGAGAUUUUAAAAUGCAUACGUAUUGGGCUUUUAUGUGUCCAGGAAGAUCCAGAAGAUAGGCCCACCAUGUCAAGUGUGGUCGCAUCAUUGCAGCAGGAGAGUGAACCAGUGCCACUUUCAGAACCAAAACAACCAUUUGCCUUUGCCGUAAGCAAUGCUGUAUUAGAAUAUUUCUAA